UCCUUUUAUGCAAACCCAAGUAUAUGAGGGGUUAUGUGAAAAUUAUUUUUCUCUUGCUGAACCACAAAGACAUAGAAUCAAAGUGCUUCUUUCGAACAUACUGGCUUUUCUUUUUUUUUUUUUUCUGUCUCUUCUAUUUCUUGUGGAUACUAUGGCUAAUAACACAACAAGUUUAGGAAGUCCAUGGCCAGAAAACUUUUGGGAGGAUGUUAUCACGUCCUUCUCAGUGUCCAUUACAAUUGUGCUCGUAAUUGGAGGGUUUAUUUGGGCUCUGUGUGUCUGUUUGUCUCGAAGAAGAGCCAGUGCCCCCAUCUCGCAGUGGAGUUCAAGCCGGCGGUCUAGGUCUUACAACCAUGGCCUCAACAGAACUGGAUUUUACCGCCACAGUGGCUGCGAACGGCGAAGCAACCUCAGCCUGGCCAGCCUCACUUUCCAGCGACAAGCUUCCCUGGAGCAGGCAAAUUCCUUUCCAAGAAAAUCAAGCUUCAGGGCUUCAACUUUCCAUCCCUUCCUGCAAAGUCCACCACUUCCGGUGGAAACUGACAGUCAGCUGGUGACUCUCCCUUCCUCCAGCUCGGUUCACACUGUCAGCACUUCGCACAGUCUGAGCCGCCCGGAUUUCCACUGGUCCAACAACAGUCUUCGAGUGGGCUUUUCCACACCGCCCCCACCUGCCUAUGACUCAAUUAUAAAAGCAUUCCCAGAUUCCUGAAGAGGGUGCUUUUGUUUUUAAUUUGUUUCUUCCCUUUCUUGGCUUUUCCCGAAAGAAAAUUACAGACAGGCUAAACGGAAUUUUGAGGGCAUGGCCCAAACAGCUGAUGAGUUUCCAAGUUGAAUUAUGUUCAUGCACUAUAAUUCAAGGCAGAAAAUGUAAAACACAUUUUCUUUGAAUACACUUUUUCCUUUUGUCUUACAGAAUAGUAAUGUUUUCCAAAAAGGUAUAUAUUUAUGUUUGGUUUUUUUUAACUCAACCUGAAGGUUAUUAAAGACAGUGGUUCUUAUCUGAGACUUGGCUGUGAUACAGUAUAUAAAUAUUUUAGACUAAAAUUAAAACUUUAGAUAUUUGUGGUUUACAAUCCUCAUUCACUGUCCAAUGUGACUAUAAAGGGGGAAAAAAUCACUAUGUCACUUUUAAAAAAAAAAUCUAUCCUAAAGAAUUUUAAUUUUACCUUCCUCGGAAUGACAUGAAUCAUUUUAUAGUCUUGGAUUUUUAAUGGAUUAUAUGAGCACAAAAGUGACAGAACAGAGAUUUUAAAGUUCGUUGAUGGCACUCAUUUAUGACAAGUGUGGGAACCAAGCAAAGGAAGAGAAACUCUGUGGGCGUUAUAGGACACUUCAAUUUUGACACUUAUUUUCCCCCCACCCCAGCCUCUUUUGGUGCCUUCCCCAAGAAUAGUUAUCUACAUCAUUGAGGCAAAAUCCUUGGGUUUACUAAGAUCAUCUAACUCUCCUUCACUGUUAUAGUUAUGUUGUUAGACAAGCAAUACCAGCAAACCCAAUUCUUUGACCUAAAAAACAAACUUUAAUAACACCAAGCUUACAUUUUUCCUUGGAUAUAUUUUAUUUCUUAGAUAUAAAGUUAGCCAUUGGGGAAAGCACUUUAUCUAGGGACCAUCUCUUGUGACUUCACAGACAAAUGGGGGUCAGUAGGGAGGAAGUCUAUCAUUGUGACAACCAUGAAGAUUGCUCCUUCCUGGAUCGACUCAUCAGAUAUCAUCCCUUGUUUGCUUUUCUACGAAUUUCAACCUCACAUUCUAUGAAGAGUCUUUGUACAAUGAUUAAACCAUGUCAUAUGGUCUUUGGUGCAGACACUUAUUUAAGGAGUCCACUUCCACAGAGGACCACCCUCUUAAAACAAGGUACAUUCCCACAUAUGGGCACCAGAGAGCUUCAGUGGCCAGAUGCUUAUGGCUGUCCCUCUUCAUGUAAGGACACAAGUUCACUGGAGUAUUAUUCAAAAGGCCUAUAGUUCAUUUCUGAUAUAGUGACUAUUUAGCUUAUGUUGCUGUUUGUUUGUUUCUCUGAACACUGGGAUUUUUCAUGAAGAAGAAUGUACUCUUAUUUUAGCUUCUGCAGUGCAGUGCUCACAGCUAAUAGAGUCUGAGUAUGUUUCGAGAACAUCAUAAUUUUUACAUAGUAAGAGAUUCUGUAUGGCAUUCUGUUUUUUAUUUUUGUUUAGCAUUUAUUUUCCAUUGUUCCUCAAGGACAGUUAUUCUUAAUGAGGUCUAUAGAUUGAUGCUGUCUAAUGUAAUAUACCAACAAGAAAGAAAGAAAGAAAGGAAGAAAGAAAGGCAAGGAAAGGAGGGAGGCAAAAAAGCAGUUAGGAAGAAGGGAAGAGAGGAGGAAGAAAGGUAUUAAGAAAAAAUUCUCACAGGAUAACCAAUUUGUUAUAAGUUGGUUUCUAACAAAUCUGGCAAUUGUCAUGUAGCCAGUUAAGAUUUCAGGAGAGCAUUAACUUAGUAACAAAGCUAUCGUUUACUUCCAGGUCAUCCUUAAUGUUUCACAUGAGAAGUAAACAAAGUGUAUGGCUUUUAUCUAGAAUUUAUACUGGGAUAAAAAUUGCUUUAUAGCUUUCAAAUUAGGAAAAUGGGAGCAGAAAUCCCGCGGUGAAUUUAACCAUCUGGCAGAAUUGUUGCCUCCUCUUUCCUCAAUUAUGAAACAAUCAAAAUGAGUAUCUUAUAAAUAUUGUGCAAUUUAUGAAAUGUGAAAUUUAAGCAAAAACUAGAGACUUUUUAAGUUGUAUCUGUUUAAUUUGAAAUGUUUAGUUGAUUAUGCAAUAAAAUUAAACUGAUGUCAA